UUUUAAAGUUAGGUCAAACAUUUGAACUAAUUUUUCUUUUUACAAUGGAUUUUUUGUUUGGAAAGAAAACUUCACCCGAGGAUAUGCUCAGAAAAAAUCAACGAGCCUUGAAUAGGGCUAUGAGAGAUUUAGAAAGAGAAAGAACUAAAAUGGAACAACAAGAAAAACGUGUUAUUUUAGACAUUAAAAAAAUGGCUAAAGAUGGCCAAUUAGAUGCAGUUAAAGUUAUGGCUCGUGAUUUAGUUAGAACUAGGAGAUAUAUUAAAAAGUUUAUAUUAAUGAGAGCAAAUAUUCAAGCAGUAUCUUUAAAAAUUCAAUCCAUGCGAUCACAAAAUGCAAUGUCAGAGGCAAUGAAAGGUGUAACUAAAGCUAUGCAAUCGAUGAAUAAACAACUAAAACUGCCACAAAUUCAAAGAAUAAUGAAUGAGUUUGAAAAACAAACAGAAAUUAUGGAUAUGAAAGAGGAAAUGAUGAGUGAUGCUAUUGACGAUGCUAUGGGUGCAGAUGAAGAUGAAGAAGAAAGCAAUGCUGUAGUUUCUCAAAUUUUAGAUGAAUUAGGAAUUGAAAUGUCAGAAAAAUUAUCAGGUUUACCAAAUGCGAAGGAUAGUAUAUCAAUACCAGCUGCUUCUAAAACUGGCAAAAGUCUUCCACAGGUUGCAGGUAUAGGUGGUGGCAACACAUUUGCAAACUCCAAAACUAUUGGGGAUAAUGACACAGUGAACAAAAAUGAUUUUAGCAAUAUGAAUUCUGCAGAGAUUGAUGCUGAUUUAGAAGCAAGAUUGGAAAAGCUUAGGAGAGAAUGAGUUACCAAAAUAAUAAAUAUUCCACCCUUACAAGAUAUCUCAUCUUGCAGUAUGUUAUAAAGUUAUGAUUCAAUCAUCAUUCAUAAUUUAAUCAUGAAAUAGCAUGAAUUUCUAGGACAAAUUAUGUGGUAUAUGAAUUGAUUGCCAUAAUUGAUAUAAUUUAUUCUAUUUUUUAUUUAUACAUAAUAUAUACUAUAUAUAUCAAAUAUUACAUAUAAAAAAAUACCAUUUUUUGUAUUGUACCUAAUAACUUAUUUAUUCUCAUUAUAUUUGCCAUAAU